AUGACAGCCGGGACCGUGGUCAUCACUGGGGGCAUCUUGGCAACAGUGAUCCUGCUCUGUAUCAUUGCCGUGCUGUGCUACUGCCGGCUCCAGUAUUACUGCUGCAAGAAGGACGAGUCUGAGGAGGGCGAGGAGGAGCCUGACUUCGCUGUGCACUCGCACCUGCCGCCCCUGCACUCCAACUGCAACCUGGUGCUGACCAACGGGCCGGCCCUCUACCCCACCGCCUCCACCUCCUUCAGCCACAAGUCCCCGCAGGCCCGCACCCUCUGCCGCAGCUGCUCCUACUACGAGCCGCCCACCUUCUUCCUGCAGGGCCCCGAGGACGAGGAGGUCUGCAACGGGGGCGAGCGUGUGGCCUACAAGAGCCUCAGCCAGGAGGACGUGGAGUUGCCGCCUGCCACCUUCGGGGGCCUGCAGGCCCUCAACCCCAACCGCCUCUCAGCCAUGCGGGAGGCCUUCUCCCGAAGCCGUAGCAUCAGCACUGACGUCUGA